GUGAAUGGGAAACAAAAGAAACCAUCCGAGACAGCACAGGCCAUCAUGAACAAUAGUGCCCAAAAUGGGUGGAUCCCGCACCUCAAAUUCAGUGAACUAGCUGUGGUACUGACCCAAAGCACAAAUGAGUCGUCACAGAAAGAUGGAUCACACUGUUCGUAACCAUGGUUAUCAGCAGUCAUCCAACCAGGUCGGAUGGAACCAGUGCUGCCGUUCAUUCUUGUCGGAUUUACCAGCAAACAUCACGACACCCGCUGUUAGCGCCCCCCGUGACCAACGGCAUCCAAAAGAUCUCCCAAUCGGAGGCCCCCGAUUGGCUUCGGGACCGAUUCUCUCUCCCUCAUACUCCGGGUUGCCAUCGUUCAAGGGGCUACACUGGCAAGGAUCCAGGAAGAAACAAACAGACGACCGACGGUUUGUUGGUCCCCCUAUAUAUGACUAAGCUAUGCGCAUGGGAAGGGCAAACGAUACAUUGCAAGAGAACACAGCAGCCAACUCGAGGACACCGCGUGGCCCGAAUUCCCUGCAGGGACUGGCUCCAGGGUCUCUUUGUUCUACAACACCCGUUCCUACACGAGAUGAAGUCAGCUUACCUCGCGCAAUCUAUGUACCACCACCAACAUGCCGAUUCACUCGCACUGGGUUCGCCCAGUGCUACCCUUGCGGAUUCGAGGCAAUGAUGAGAGCUCUUCCCGAAGGGAUGAGAGUAAUCCUCCUCUCGCGAUCAAUCUUCUCUACCCCCUUAUGAAAUCAUAUUGCGACCUAUACUCUCUAGCAAUGCAGUAUUGUCAUCAUUCCGCUCAUGCUCCACGCAGAUCAGACAUUCCGAUCAGCUCAAUUCCCCGAUCUGACAACGAUUGACAUUGGCCUCUUCACAAAUCCACCAUUGAGAGAAGGGUUCCAUGACAAGCUCCAUGAUUUCGUCAUCGAGUGUCACGUCCACACAACAAUGCCUUUAGUAAUCGACGAUCACGGUCCCCAAGCAGUGGAAAACCU